AUGAUUUUCUCUCAAAUUGCCAUUACUGUAUAUUCAUUAGCUUGUUGUGCAAUUUCUGAGUUUAUUACAAAGUAUUUUGUUACUGACAGUCCUGUAUAUAUAUCUUUAAAUAACGAGGCUGAGGCAUUAGAGCAAAAGAUUUCAAAAUUAGGAGGAUAUGAAAAUAAAAAGAAACGAGAAAAAUUAGAAAAGGACCAAUCAACUCUUAAACAACAAAUUGCUUUUCAUAAAUUUAAACCAAUGAUUUUAAAUUUAGUAUUUAUGAUACUCUCUACUAUUGCAGUUAAUUAUAUGUUUGAACCAGUAAAAGUUGGUAAAUUACCAUUCCAACCAUUCUCAUUUUUUACAAAAGUAACACACCGUAACCUUCCAGGUGAUGAUAUGACUGAUUGUUCUUUAUUCUUCUUUUAUGUCUUAAUGAGAAUGGCAUUUAAACCAAUUAUGGCUAAAUUGUUUGGCAAUGAUAAUGUUAAUGAAGCAAGUUUCAUGAAUGCAUUUGUUCCUGAAAACGAAACAUUUAAAUCAAAAUGA